GAGAAGAGAGAAAGCGAAACGGAAGGGCUAUCUUCGUCUACAGGAAGGCGACCCUCAUAAAUAUGUGAAGAUAUUUUUUUCAACAUUCAACUUCUGUUCGGUUCUUCUUCCUCUGCACUGGUCCGGCCAACGUGUCUCAAAAUGGCCAUCAAUAACUUACAACCCAUUGCCUACAUUGUUGUAUCUCUUGCUUUUGCGGUUGGCACCAGCUCAAUCUUCCUGCGAUUGUACUGUCGAGCAAUUCUCUUGAGGACGUUUGGCUGGGAUGAUGUCGCGGCUGUGUUUUUACUGCUGGUCAACACUAUGCAGCAGACCAUAUUGUACAUAUUCUUGCAUUAUGGCUGUGGCCUGCAUGCUGCUGCUCUGAAUAAAUCCCAGAUUUACAACAUUCAAAAGUGGCUCAUCGUUGAAGAAAUCUUUUACAUGUUCACGCACUGGACCAUCAAAACGUCUUUUCUCUUUUUCUAUCUGCGUCUCUCCCCAGACCUUACCUUCCGACGACUGGUCUAUGCUACAAUGGCUCUCAAUACCAUGGUCACCAUCACAAAUUGGCUACUGGCCCUUCUGCAAUGCAUUCCAUUCGAAGCUAUUCUACACCCUGCUGACUAUCCACAUGCCAAGUGUAUCGAGGCAGACAUAGUUUUGAUGCUGCCGUCAGGCCUGAAUAUAAUAACCGAUUUGGCCAUUCUAUUCCUUCCCAUUCCCACUGUCCUGUCACUCCAAAUGCCCUUUCGCCGGAAAAUGGCCGUUCUCGGUGUAAUUGGCUUUGGUGCUUCCGCCGUCAUUGUUGCGCUGUGUCGAUUCGUCGUACUCAAAGAGCUAGGCAGCAGUGAUGAUAUUUCCUACGUCCUCGGCAAUAUGGUGAUCGUCGCCGCGCUCGAAAUCCAGUCCGCUGUGGUUGCCGUGAACCUGCCCGCCAUGAAAGCCCUCUUCUCACGGGUGAUUGAUUUCUCUGGGUACUCGGGUGGCAGCGCGGGCUACAAACUAUCGGAAAACCCGCAUCAUUCGGGGGCUGAUCUGGCUAAUGGAAGAAAUCAUUCCUCGGCUGUUUUAGGUGGUUCCAAUAGUAAAGGGUCUCACAACCGGUCUGCUAACCGGCGAUUGAGAAAGUCAAUUACUGGCAUGGCAGAACGCGAUCUUAUAACGACUGUGAAUGAGACCAUGAAUGGUUCCGAGGAGGAUCUGAUUGAAGGACAGCAGCACCCGGGCAAAAUUGAUGGUAUCAGGGUGGCUACGACGGUGGACGUAGAUAACACCUUACGACAGCCAGGCGAUGCGCAUCUGUAUGGAAAGCUUGUGAGUCCGUACAAGAGUUGGAAGAAAGAUGAGCGAGCAUGAUAUAGUGACAGGAUAUCACCUUCCUCAGGCCAUAUUGGGACUAGCCCGUUUUAGGCGGGCGUUGAUAUCAGCCCUGGACCUCACCACUUAGCUAGAACACACA